CUUGUGUGUAACCCAAAACGUAAAUUGUUUCUAGUUUUAUUGUCCAAUCAUAUCGGGUUAUAGGAUCACGUGAGCUCUUUCUACCAAUAAAAAUUGAUCCUGGCCAUACUCGUUUUGGAAUCCUUACUACGCAGUUGCAUCUUUAUUAUUGUCAUAAAUUUCGACAAAUUCGCUCUUCAGCGAUGAAGCGCACAAGGCAGCGUAAAAAGACGGCCACGUCUACAACCUGCUUAUGUUGCAAGGGUACUACAUCCUCUGGCAAACAACCCAAAAACUCUACACCAGCAGGGCCGUCAAUGGAGCCGGCAGCGGACCAACCCAGAGAUGCUCCUAUACCGGAUGUGCCCGACAGUCUGACAUAUGCUCCAGCAGCCACAGGCUCCUCCACACCCUACCCAUCACAGGUCCAGUCGGACAUUCUCUUUCCAACUGCUACGACGAAUCGUCAAUUACCCUUGCCAUUGGACCCAAACGUAGGGCUACACACAGUGCCAUUGGACCCAAACGUCGGCCUACACACAGCCAUGCCCUCUUUUGACAUUGACUCCUCGAGUUCUUCCGAUGAGGACCAGGGUUUCAGCUUUUCCCAGGCACUACAUACACAUGCCAGGGACAUACUACCAGGUACUGGUCACCUCUAUGCAGAGCCAAUAAGUACCCCAAUUUUGAGUCAGGUGAAAAAGUCCAUCUGUAAAGACAUUUGGCGCAACAAUUUUGUUGAAAUGGCAGCUCUGCUCCCUUCAACACUGUCCACACAGGCCAAUCAAUAUACGUUACAGUUGGACAGUAACUCGCAAAUUUCCAUAACUCCAAAGUCCAACCUGCGAAAAAUAUUAACUAUUGAACAGUGGACAACCGCCAUGAUCAGAUUUAUGGCAGUAUAUACUUUUAAGUUCCCCUCUGAAACUCAGGCUAUACUGAAAUACACGGAGAUUGUCCGUGACAUUUCCAGCCGUCGUCCAGGCUCUGCCUUCAUCUUCUACGAUACUCAAUUUCGCCUUCUAAGGGAAUCCAUUCCCCUUCCGUGGGACCGUCUUCACACGGAAUUUUGGUUAAUGGCCUGUACAUCCUUUCCCACCCAACACUCAAGCCCUUCCUUUUGCCCUCAAAGAAACCCCACACGAGCCCCGUACAGACAAUCUUCGUCCUACAAAAAAUAUCUCGAGAACACCUGUUUCAACUACAACAAACGUUCCCUCUGCCACACUCCCUCUUGCCCCCACCCCCACACCUGUGGUUAUUGCAGAGGGUCCCACCCAGCAUACGAAUGCUCAUUCCCGUCCAAAGAGCACGCUGCUAAGACCGUCUCCACUCCUAGACCCUCUAAACCAGUCAGAUAA